AUGACAAAUGUUGACGUUGAUCUUGAAAGUGUUUACCAAGACUAUUUGGCGUCUUUACAAGACUUGACCUUCAACUCAAAACCUAUUAUUACUAACUUAACUAUUAUAGCUCAAGAAAAUAUACCAGCUGCAAAAGCAAUCGCUAAAUCAAUAGAAAAACAAAUCCAUAGUUGUCCGCCUGAACAUAAACUUCCUGUUUUAUAUUUACUUGAUUCUAUUAGUAAAAAUGUUGGUGGACCUUUUGUUCAUCUAUUCUCAAGAAAUCUUUAUAAUAUUUUUAUGGAAACCUAUAAUUCUGUUGACCAAGCCACAAAAUUAAAACUUGAAAAAGUGUUGGUUACUUGGAAAGCUGGUUUAAAUGGUUGUGGACCUAUAUUCUCUAAUGAUGUAAUUGCUUUAAUUGAAGGAACAUUAACGAAACAUAAUCAAAGGUAUAAUAAUAACCAUCAAUUAAGGAGUCCAAUUGAUAAUGCUGCUACUAAUAACCUUAUUAAUGGUAAUAAUGUUGAUGGUGCUAAUGUAGAUGAUAAUAAACAUGCAAAUGGAAUUCCUGCACUUCCAACAAAUCCAAUUAUAGGAUAUUAUAACACUCAACAACAACAG